AUUACAGUACCUAUAGCCAAGCUGCAGCUCAGCAGGGCUACAGCGCCUAUGCACCUCAGCCAGCUCAAGGAUAUGCACAGACCACCCAGACAUAUGGGCAGCAGAGCUACGGGACCUAUGGGCAACCCACCGACGUCAGCUACACACAGCCGCAGACCACCGCGACGUACGGGCAGACGGCGUAUGCCACCUCCUAUGGACAGCCCCCAGCUGGUUACAGUGCCCCGACUGCCCCCCCAGCAUACAGUCAGCCCAUCCAGGGCUACGGCACAGCCGCCUACGACACCAACACCGCGACGGUCACCACCACACAGACCUCCUACGCAGCACCGUCCGCCUACGGCACCCAACCCGCCUACCCGGCCUAUGGGCAGCAGCCAGCGCCGUCCACUCCCUCCAGACCCCAGGAUGGCAGCAAACCAGCAGAGACCAGCCAGCCCCAGUCCAGCACAACAGGCUACAGCCAGCCCAGCCUGGGCUAUGGGCAGAGCAACUACAGCUACCCCCAGGUGCCUGCGAGCUACCCCAUGCAGCCUGUCACCGCGCCUCCCUCUUACCCUCCGACCAGCUAUUCAUCCACACAGCCAAGCAGUUACGAUCAGAGCACUUACUCGCAGCAAAGCAGCUAUGGGCAGCAGAGCUCCUACGGCCAACAGACCAGUUAUGGCCAGCAAAGCAGCUAUGGGCAGCAACCACCUCCGACCAGUUACCCACCACCGACCGGGUCCUACAGCCAGGCCCCCAGCCAGUACAGCCAGCAGAGCAGCAGCUAUGGCCAGCAGAGCUCGUUCCGUCAGGACCAUCCCAGCAGCAUGAACAUGUAUGGGCAGGAGUCUGGAGGCUUCUCAGGCCCAGGAGAGAGCCGGAAUCUGAGCGGCCCCGACAGCCGGGGCAGGGGACGUGGGGGAUAUGAUCGUGGAGGCAUGAGCAGAGGUGGGCGGGGAGGAGGACGUGGUGGAAUGGGCAGCGCUGGAGAGCGAGGUGGCUUCAAUAAGCCUGGUGGACACAUGGAGGAAGGACCCGACCUGGAUUUAGGCCCACCUAUGGACCCGGAGGAGGACUCGGACAGCACUGCGGUGUAUGUGCAGGGACUCAAUGAUAAUGUGACCCUGGAGGAUCUGGCAGAUUUCUUCAAACAGUGUGGUGUUGUCAAGAUGAACAAGAGGACAGGGCAGCCAAUGAUAAACCUCUACAUCGACAAAGAAACUGGCAAGCCCAAAGGUGAUGCCACAGUAUCCUAUGAUGAUCCCUCGACUGCCAAAACUGCUGUGGAGUGGUUUGAUGGGAAGGACUUCCAGGGCAGCAAGCUGAAGGUGUCCCUGGCGCGGAAGAAGGGCCCGAUGAACAGCCUGCGGAGCGGGAUCCCCCCCCGGGAGCAGCGGGGAAUGCCUCCCCCACUCCGCGGAGGUACCACGCGGCACCCCCGAGCAGCUCCCU